GCCUCUCAAAAUACAACUCCACCACGCGGCGGGAAAAAGAAGAGGAGCAGAUCGAUUGAGCGCCACCUUUGGAGAUGGAGACCGACGGAGAGGCCGCCGGCGGGGGAGAAUCCGAGAAGCGUACUCGUACGGAGGGCAAUUCCGAUGGUGAAUCAGCCACGACGGAGGAGAUCUCGGAGGGCGACGAGAUCACGGAUGACGAGCAGAUCACGGAGCUCGAGGAUGUCACAGAGGAAGAAAGAGCCAGGUGGGCCAAGAUAGAUCGGCAGAUUGAGUGGAAGGUGUUGUCCGAGGAGGAGGAGAUGGAUAAUUACCGUCAAGACUGGGAAUUUGGAUACACUCACAGGUUUGGUAGCUUCGAUAAAGAGACGGAGUUGAGUUCCAUGGUCAGUACGUACGAUACCUCCGUGGAUGCUUGGGCCGAAACCGCCUUGCAAGUCUACUCCAUCAAAGUCGAGAAGGCAAAACUCAGGUGGCCACUUCAUGUCUAUGGCAUGGUUGAUGUCCGAGACGCUGUGGAUCACAGACGCAACAUUCUCUUCAAUCGCAAGAGGGAUAACUGCCAAAUCAUUACAAAAAUGGAUCCGUACCUGUUGCUGACUGGCCCGUCUCGCGCGAUUGUGUUCCUUGACCCGGCUGUGUUUGAAAUCAAUCUUAAAGUGAAGGGAGAGUCUGAAGAUAAAGAAGCUUUGAUCCAUCAAACUUACUGGUGCAACGGCGGCAGUCGUCUUGGCGUUAUGAGCUGCUCCAACAAGCGUUGCAAAAUAAACUUGAGCUUUAUGGAGCUUGAAGAAACGGUUCAGGCCACUGUCAUGAGUGUCCAAAUUAUUGGUGGGUCAUGGCCCAGUGAUUUCGCAGGACAAGUCUUUUGCCACGAUGGCUCCUCUCCGGAACAAAUUGUGUUGCUUGAUUUUCCAGAUGGGAAGAACCCACCGGUGGAUCAGUCUGGUAACCUUGAUCUGUCAAGGCGUGUUGUUUCAGUAAAUCUGCACAGUAAGAUGAAAGUUACUAUAAGGGGCUACUCGGUAUGUGGUGGUUUGAAAGUAACCGUUGGUUCAGAUGUUGUCAGCUUCACACCAGGACAAUCCGGCAUAACUGAGGGGGAAUGUGAUCUUGGUGGCCUGUGUCAACUCAAGAUAAAAGUUGCUUGGUCUCUCCUAGUUGUCCUGGAAUGAGUGGUAUCAGCUCUCCUUGCCGGCUGGAAGACGUCCAGCUAUAUCUGUACUCUUUCCCGUAGUCUAUUAACAAGUUCAGUUAUCUUGUGUCUAUUAUAAGCUGUGUUAUGUGAGAUUAUAUGGACUUCUAAGUCAUGUCUUGUGAACUGCUACUCGUUAAAUUGUGCAAUGUGAAAUUGCCCCAGCUAAUUAUGUACCGAUGGUAUGUAUGCAGAACAUCAGCUAUUUAUGUAUCUGUUAGUUAGUACUGA